GCCAGAUGCGGUGAAGUGUGUAUAUACGAGUUACUAGCUCCCGUUCAGUUCGCUGAAUAUCUCAGAUGAAAUUAAUAAUUGCGCUGUCAAGAUGGACGAACCGAAAAAAAUUCAGCUCACUUCGUUGAGCUCAGUGAAGACAGAUAAAAAGAAAAUGAAGUAUAAGAAAGCCAUCCGCAUUAAAAUUGAUCUUCCUGAAUCGAAUGAGAAGUCUUGCCCUGAGUACAACUAUGGAGAACUUCUCGCAAAAUUUAUGCAACAGCAGCGCGCAGCUGACGACAGAAACAGAGGUGACAGCUCGGCGAGAUUCAACCCAAGCGACGAUGAGUCUGACGAAGCCCUGCAGGCCCUCGCAAGGAGCCUCGAGAGAAAAUACGGUAACGUGGCUACCAAGAAGAAGCGAAAGAAGACUAAGGAACGAGACUUCAAAACCUUAGGCGAAGGUUAUGAUGAGAACGAUUCUUUUAUUGACAACACAGCCGCGUACGACGAGGUGAUGGACAGCAACAAGGAGGCCAAGCACGGCGGCUUCUACAUCAACUCCGGCAAGCUGGGCUACCGCGAGCUGUCAGAGUCAGAGGACGACUCCAUGCCGAACACACCGCAGCACAGUGCCAAGAGGAAGAAUUGCAUCGACUCAGAUGAAGAAGAAACUGCAGGAGAAGGGAAGAAGUUGAAAGAAGGAAGUGACGAUGAAACCUACAGACAUGGAAGUAACCAGGUGCACAACGGUGCGCUGGACGAGGGCGAGCUGCUACGCAAGCAGCGUAAGCUCAUCUCCAAGAUGAACGCCAAGAAACACAUCAGCAAGGUCAGGUCCCAGGACCCUGCCUCUAGCACGCCCCCUGCUGCUGUGGUGCCUGCUGCUACUACGGCUUCUGUUGACCCGACUCCUGCUACAGCUCCUGUUGUGGCUGCUGCUUCUGUUGCUGUACCUGCUUCUGCUCCUGUUUCUAAUGAAAGCAAGAGUAGCGUCGCUGCCAGCAUAGAGUCUGUGGUCAAGAAAUUUGGUUCUUCUGAUGAAAGAAGCCAUCCUGCUUCUCUGCCGGCUGCCUCUUCUGUUAUACCGCCUACCGCUGCUACUACUACACCACCUGCUUCUGCUACUGCUACAUUGCCUGCUGCUGCUACAAUGCCUGCUACUGCUACAAUGCCUCCUGCUACAUCUGAAUCUGCAGCCUCCAAAGCUGACUCAAAUGCCAGUGCUGAUGACGAUGACAGUAACUCGUCCUCUUCGUCUUCAAGUUCCUCGUCUGACGACUCGACCUCGUCGAGCAGUGAUGACAGCAGCAGUAGCAGCAGCAGUGAUGCCGAAGCCAGUAAAGCAGCUGAUCAAGCGAAAGAAAUCGACGUUGCUUCAGUAGCGUCCCAGAACAUCGGAUCUUCUGCAGUUACUUCCAGUAUUACAAGUGCCUCCGCUAUCGCUCUUACUUCUACACCUCCUUCUGCUGCUGCUACUACCGCUCUAACUACUACAGCUACUUCUGCUGCGCUAGCUCCUACACCCACUUCUUCCUGCGCUUCUACCCCUACAAGUGUUGGCGCUUCGGAGAAAAUUGUGCCUCUCCCUGAAAAUUUGUCACCCGAUCUCAUUCAGGUCAUUGAAGAACUGAAGCUCGAGGGACAGCGCGCUACUGCCUGCAGAUCCAGUCAAAAGUUCUUCACUGAACCCGUCAAGACCUUGCUGCUGAGCAUCGAAACGAAGCUUCAAGAGAAAGGGUGUCGUAAGAAGACGCAAGUGUACCAGCAUCUGUCGCAACACUUGCCCUGUGGCGCCCAGACUCUCGUCAAGCGGGCCAAGCAAAUGCUGCAUCAUCUCAACGAGAACAAAGUGGCGCUGCCCUUAAUGAGGCUGAAGCAGGCGAUCGAGCGGGAGAUGCCGCCCCUGGUAGAGGCGUUCGCUGAGCAGUGCAGGAUCGCAGCGCAGAUUCACCCCGAGCUCUACUCGCAUCUCUAUCACCAUUUCUGGGGCACAGAAGUAGACCUUCCUCUUCCCCCAGACGAAAAGAAAAAGAUAAAAAUGCCCAAGAAACACUUCGUCUUCUCGGCAGAGUCAAACGCUGAGCUGCUGGCUGCGGUAGAGGCGCGUGUGGCGGCGUGGGAGACGCUGCCCCGCAAGACGGCCGAGACGGCGCAGGAGUUCCUGGUGAGCUUCCUGGAGGGCGACGUGCGCACUCUGUGGCCACGAGGCUGGGUCACCACGCGCCAACUGUACAGGCAGAGCGCGCCUGCACAUGCCAGCAUCACACACGGUGCUGAUUACUGUUCAAAGCCUUCGAAGAAAUCAGUGGCUGCUUCUGCUCAAUCUUCAGUAGUCGUUAGCUCUGAAGUCAAAGUUUCCUCUUCGACUGCUCCAAAAGAUGGCCUGGUGUCCGCCUCUUCAGAUACAGACCACAAGAAUGCUUAUGGUCGUAGCCAUGAUACGCCGCAUGCCGCUGCUCCAUCACUCAGUGCAGAGGUGAACGCGCCACUCAGCCGAACAUCCACAGCUUUGCCUGCCUCUCAAUCUAGUCUCGUCACUGAGGCCAGUCAUAGCAAGCCUUCAUUGAGUAACUCCAAUGUGGCUCCUGAUGCAAGUAUUGCAAGUACGAAGACUAGCAGUGGGAAGACUGCGGCACCAAUUAACGAUCCGUUGCAUCUUAAAUCUCAAGACUCUUCAUCUACUUCCCGUUCAAAAGAAGUUGUAAUUUCGUCGGCAUCUAAUAAAUCUAGCGAUUCUAAAUUGCCAAUAGAAGGAAAAAAUCCAGCGUUUUGUGAGCGUCAAAGCGACGGGCAUGGCUCAGAUCGCUCGCAUCAUGUCACAACUUCGUUGUCUUCCUAUUCCUCGUCGGUGAACAAUAGUACUGCUUCAUUUUCAACUGCUUCUGCUAAUCUGACUGGCAAGCCUGCGUCUGUUCCAUCGUCCAUGAACUCAGAUGAUAAUGCCAAACUUGGUGUUAGAUUCUCAUCAGGUUCUGGUGCAAAGUCGUCUGUAAAGCCUUCAAUAGAAUCUUUACCUACUUUUAGUAAUACCAACGCUUUAACCGGCCAAAAAUCCAAUCAUAAUGUGCACACUCAAGAGAAAGGUCACGGGGUAACCGUCAAAAAUGUUGCAGCAAUUAACAGGAUCGACGGACUCGAACCAUCGUUUGAGCGCCCACAAACUCUAGUUCCUGGUACGAUUUACAGAAGUUCUCUCGGAGACACGACCCGCGCAACAGAACAGAUCAUUGACUUGUCUAGUGACGAUGAAAAACCCGAAAACUUUUCGUCGAAAUCUAAAAAUGUUCAAAAUGUUCCUGCCGAACUCCCAAGUGCCUCGACUGAGCUGACCAAAUCCCCGACGAAAAACAUGUCUGCCGCAACUCUGCCAUCUGUUGCCGCAACUGUUCACCAUGUGGCUCCUAAUAUUGUUUCUUCUAGCUCUUCAAUUGCAUUUUCCGGUGCUCCUGCUGCCCACAACUCAAUGCCCACCAUCCACCCAAAAGUUCACACUAGCCCUCCAACAAAGUCUUCUGUUGCAGCCAUGAGACCAUCCUGCUCUCCUCAAGGUCUCUCCACAAGCGCUCGUAACUCUUCGCAGACGAAUAAUUCUAGUGUCACCAGCAAAUUAUCUAAUGUAUCAUCUGAUCCCACGACCAGUAACACCACGAAUCCUCCAAUUAAAGUCCUGCAGGAUGAACUGAUUGACUCUGGCAACAUCGGUAAGCCAUCACGAUUAGAAGAAGAGAUCGAUGACGUCAUGAAUGAGUUGCUGCUCAUAUCGAAGCAGAAGCAGCAAAGAGACUCUCCUCCUAGAGGGUCAACCUGUACUGCGCCGCCCCAGCACGCGCAAGUUCCUGAAAAAUCUGGUUCGCUCAUCAGCGAGGGAGAUAAAUUUAUUCAAUCAAAUACGAAGAAGCUUUCCUCUCAGCAUGUCGAAAAGGAUCAACGAAUUAGGGCACAAUCGAAGACAAGUGAGAUGAUGAAGACUUCAAUAUCAUAUGAACCGCAUUCAUCAGCAACAGCUUACCCCAUAACUAACACAAGCUCGACAUCUGUUGCUCCAAUGGCAGCUGCUUCGGCUAACAAGGUGACCGUUGAAUCUGCUCAGGACAUUGCUUACGACAGAAGUAACUUUGCCAUAUCAGGCACGCAGUCUCUCAAACCUUCAACAAGCCCUUCAAGGAAAGACAACUCUCCCAGGAAAUCACAGUCCUCUAGCAAACCUUCAUUUACUGCACCUCAUGUUACGAGCUCAAGGGAAACGCAUUCUAAUAGCACGCAUGAUUUCCGAUCUUUUCCUGGCGUUCAGGCUCCUCCCAGCACUCAGUUCGACUUAUCCGGUGCUCAGUCAAUGUCUGAUUUCUACUCAUUGCAGCACAUUAAAUCUGACAAACUUUCAAGUUCCAAUAACGGUACAGAACGCAAGUCAUCAUCUCAUUACCACGAACCUCGAAUGCAGUCCUCGAGCAUCCAACGGCUAGGCCCCGGCACCAUUUUCAGUUCAGUUGGCGAUCUUGUUACAGUUCCACGCUCUGCAAGUGACUCUGAUACGUCGUCUCUUGGUGACAGUCCCUCUUCUGAUAAAUUUACAUUUUCGAGCCGCCAGCCCCCUUCGGAUCUGACUGUUUCUCACUCCAAUAUCCAAGCGUCGCCUACUCGGGCACCCAAGCACCCGUACUCCAUAGCAACGCUCGCCACUUCCUCCUCUCCAGCGACUUCUGCGCACAGUUCGCGGCGAGAAUCUAACUCGAUAAACAACUCACCCGGGAAUUCGCAUGCGAUUAUUUCAAGCCAACAUUCGAUGCACGGUGCUAUGAAAGACUCGAACAGCGCGGCGUACGCUUCCUCUUCCUCACGAGCAAACGUAACUCAUGCAAGGGAUCUCUCAAGUUCCUCCAGCUACAGUUCCUAUGGGCAGCAAUAUCAGAAGGGUGACAGCUAUGCCAAGAACGGGGUCAGUACCUCAGCUGCUAAAGACUACUCGUACGACAAACAUCGCUCAAAUGCUCCUACGUCAACUAACUCUGAUGGCGACAGCAGCUAUGGCUUAAUGGCCUUGCAGCAGCAACAAGAAAUGCUGCUACAUUCGCGUCAGCUGCAGCAGCAGCAGCAGCAAGAUAUGUGGUCGCUAACGUCUCAGCAGCUUCAUCAAAGUCAAAACAAACUGGGACCAGCUUACAUCUCCGGAGCGCCACUGGACCUGUACUCAGCGACCCGCCUCGCACCGACGCAGCAUCGCUCCUCAGCUACGGGCGCUGUCCCUUCUCACUUGCAGACAACGUACCGCAAGAGUCACGGCACCAGCACCAGCAGCUCCAAGCCGCGACAGAAGAGGUAGACUCCACCCUCACAAAAUGUUUGGACUCGUUUUACGUUGUUAAGCUGCUGUGAUAGUCAUAAUCUGCUGCCAAUUUCCUACAUCUAGAUAUUUUUUCUGCGCGGUCAAUUGUUUCACAGCACUUAGUUUGCUGUACUAACAAUUUAACGAACGCUGUUUAUUUUAUCGAAUUUCGAGUCGCGUUCGUUUCUAUGCAAAAAAUGGUAAUUGUCAGCGUUUAACAAAAUUGUUCUGUAUGGUAAUAUCUAAACGCUGCCUUUUUUUUUGAAGAACUUGAUCAAAUUCUUUCAU